AUGCAGAAGUGUGCUGGAAAGAUGUGGAGCUGUAUAUCAGAUUUCUUUACCUAUGAGACAACCAAGUCCGUGGUGGUAAAGAGCUGGACCAUCGGCAUCAUCAACCGUGCUGUCCAACUCCUCAUCAUCACAUACUUCAUUGGUUGGGUGUUUUUGACCGAGAAAGCAUAUCAAGUGAGAGACACAGCCAUAGAAUCAUCAGUGAUGACUAAAGUGAAAGGUUUUGGAGAGUAUAACAACCGGAUCAUGGAUGUAGCUGAUUAUGUCACACCCACUCAAGGGGCGUCAGUGUUCUGCAUCAUCACUAAGCUCAUCACAACAGAGAACCAAGUACAGGGAAACUGUCCUGAGAGUGAGAUGAAAUUCAAAUGUGAUGAUGACAAUGCAUGUAAGAAGUAUAUGUCAAAACCUUCUAGCAAUGGCUUGCCGACAGGCAGAUGUGUAAACUUCAACGUAACACACAAAACCUGUGAGAUCAGAGGAUGGUGUCCAGCAGAGAUUGAUGAUGUUCAGCCAAACCCCAUGAUGGAGGUGGAGAACUUCACCAUCUUCAUUAAGAACAGCAUUCGCUUUCCCCGUUUUAACUUCACAAAGGGAAACUUCUUGCCCAACAUCAACAGUAGCUACAUAAAGAAAUGUAACUUUGACUUUGAGAGUAACAUGUAUUGUCCCAUAUUCAAAGUGGGGGACGUGAUACGAUUUGCACAGCAAGAGUUCACCACUCUUGCAAAAAAAGGGGGAGUGAUAGGGAUAAAAAUAGCAUGGGUGUGUGAUUUAGAUAAAGCAGAUGAUGAGUGUAAGCCCGCCUACUCCUUCACGCGUCUGGACGCCAUGUCAGAGAAAACCUCUGUGUCUCCAGGAUACAACUUCAGGUAUGCAAAGUAUUUUAAAAUGGAGAAUGGAACGGAGUAUCGCACUCUGCUGAAAGCCUAUGCCAUCAGAUUUGAUGUGCUGGUUAACGGAGACGCAGGAAAAUUUGACAUGAUCCCAACUCUAAUCAACAUGGUUGCUGCCUUCACCUCUGUGGGUGUGGGAACUGUCCUUUGUGACAUCAUUUUGCUGAACUUCUUGAAAGGAGCUGACCAGUACAAAGCCAAGAAAUUUGAAGAGGUAUCAGAUUCACAUAUUCAGAGCAGUAAUUCUUUAUACAGGACCAGAGACCAGAGCCAACAGUCAGUCAAACCAGAAGAGAAGUUCUCGAAUGAUUCUGGAGCGUAUUCCCUUGAACAAUAUAGCUAA